GUGUAAUUUUUAAAGGUUUACGAAAGAUUAUAUUUCUUGUAAAAAUGAGUUUUGAUUCGACAUCAUCAAAGAAGGUUAACUUCGAUAGAGCUAAUAACUUUAUGCGUCAAUUCAGAGACCCUGAUUCAAGAGAAUUGAAGAAACUAUCAGCUAAUCAGUUCAUGGAGGUUUGGAGUCAUUACGACAGAGAUGGUAACGGCUACAUCGAGGGAACCGAACUGGAUGGCUUCUUGAAGGAGUUUGUGUCCAGUGCCAACUUCAUUGAUGUCAGUCCUGAUGCUGUAUCAGAUUCGAUGUUGGUGGAACUGAAAGCGUGUUUCAUGGAAGCGUACGAUGACAAUCAAGAUGGCAAAAUUGAUAUACGAGAGCUCGCUCAACUACUGCCUAUGGAGGAAAACUUUCUGCUACUAUUCAGGUUUGAUAACCCUCUAGAAUCCAGUGUGGAGUUUAUGAAGAUUUGGCGUGAGUACGACACGGACGGCAGUGGGUACAUCGAAGCAGAUGAACUAAAGAAUUUUCUUAGAGACUUAUUAAAAGAAGCUAAGAAAAUCAACGACGUAUCGGAAGACAAGCUUAUUGAAUAUACUGACACAAUGCUUCAAGUGUUCGACUCCAACAAGGAUGGUAGACUACAGCUGUCAGAAAUGGCAAAGUUAUUGCCCGUUAAAGAAAAUUUCUUGUGCAGACAAGUUUUUAAGGAGGGCAUAGAGGGAGCUACUAAAUUAACAAAAGACGACAUCGAAAGAGUUUUCUCACUAUACGAUAGGGAUAACAACGGCUCAAUAGAAAACGAAGAAUUGCGUGGAUUCUUAAAGGACUUACUGGAGUUAGUGAAAAAGGAUUACGACGCUCAGGAUCUUCUCGAAUUUGAGGAGACAAUACUCCAAGGUGUGGAGUACAGUAGUGACGGCAAGAUCAGCAGGAAGCAACUCACCAUGAUUCUACUUGCUCUUGCCAAACAUAACCAGGAGGAGGAACCUUCCACACCGUAAGAACACUGCACCUCACAUAACACUCCGUCCUCGACUCGCGAAUUAAUUAGACAUGACGGUCUCUCAUCUGGGAGUGAUCUCUCACACAAAACGAUGUAACGAUUUUCUUUUAUAUAUUGUAAAGUGGCAUACGGUAACCUCAAUGCGCCACCAUACACACAAUUGCAGAUGCGGUGCCUACCUCUUAUAGAUAGGAGGACACGUACAGACAGAGAAUAUUUUCCAUUACGAUAGUAGGAGGGGAAGGAUACAUCCCUAAUCAAAUCCAUGCCCCAUCCCAUCCUUUCCUUAUAACAUAAGGAUGAGAAGAGUGCUAAAAUUAGACUUCCGAAACGCAAAAACAAAAAAAUAACAAAAAAAAACGAAUCGAGUGGACACCACACAUUUUAACAUCAGUCAAGCCUUUUUAUGUGUUCAUGACUUUGUGACAUGGCUUGAUGCAAAUUAAAAAGUGACUUCAUUCUCUUAAGCUACGGUUACAAUACGACAUUAUACAAUCAGUUAAUCUCUUUCCAAAAUUAUUACGACACGAUAAUUUGUCGCCUAAGCCGUUGUGUAAAAAUCUGUAAACAAUAUAGACAUUAAUGUCGGACGUAUAUUUCGUAGUCUAAUCGUACCUUAAGGUCACAAAAUAUGUCAAAAUCAGACAUUCGUGCACAUUUCCUUUAAAUAUUAUAUUUGAAUUAUAAAGUUAAUCGUUUUGUGUAAAAGAUUAUAGGGUCGAAAUUAUCAUUAUUAUUUAUAAUUAUUUUUAUUAACGGCAGAUUAUUUAACCUUAGCUUUAUUUGUUUAUGUAUAAUUCAUUACGAACCAUCUAAAAUUAUCAGUCAAUUUCCUGUGCCGAAAAACUUAUACAAAAACAAGUAGAUUGUUAUCUCUCUUUUUUUUAAGAGAAAGAAAGGGAUAACUAUAUGUUUUUGGAUGUGUCCCCUAAAAUGGUUUACGGAAGGAUGGUAAGACAGAAAAAUAAGGUUAUUUAUUUAUUACAAAGUAAUCUCAGCCGCAAAUAAAUAAAAAUAGUGAGAUAUAAAAAAAAACAUGUUGUAUAAAUGUGUAGAGUAAGAUUUUUUACAAUGCAAGUAUUAGUAGUAGAAAAUCUUUAACUGGUAACACCAAUUCUAUUCCGAUUUUAAAAAAUCGUCACCAUCUUAAUGCCAAAUCAUAUGCCAAAUAUUAGAUAUUAUUUUUUUAAACCACACCUGUUGUACAAAAUUGAGAUAUCAUAGAAAAUUCCUACAUAUCACAGAUUUAUUUUUGAGUCAGAUUUUUCUUAAACAUCAAUUUCUCGUGCCAUUUUGAAAUAACUAGGUUAUGUAGUGAUUUAAUUUAAAAUCUGAUGUUUUUUGUUUAAUAUUUUACGUAAUUUUUAAACUAAAAAAUGAUAAUGUUGCCAUUAACGGACUUUAAAAUAUCCAAUAGGAUUUAAUUAAAUGAAUGGUAAAGAAAAAAAAAUAUCUUGGUAUAAGUAACAAGCCCUAAUCAACAGAAUAGUUUUUUUUUUAAAGAAACAAGACAAUAUAGAAGAACAAAAAUAAAUGUUGUUGCUUAUAAAUGUACCUAAAUGUAUAAGCUUUGAUGUGUGUAGAUGUGUGAUUAUGUAGGCUGCGCCCUCGUAAAAGUAUAUUCUUCAAAUCAAGAUCUCAACUUUGUAACUAAACUUUAUACGUUUAAAUAGCUAAAAACAGACAAGGUAUCAGACUAACCGUGAGUUUUUGAGACAAAAAUCCCCGUUUAAAACAUAUAAUUUUCUCUUUUUUGUCAAACAUGAAAGACAGAGAUGAUAUGUUUUAUAC